AUGGGAAUUUCAAAUUGCCACGGUCUUCUACUGAUUAGUGCAAUCUUAGCCGUACACGUGGCUGUAUCAUCGUCGACAAAAUCACCCGUUGAUUUUCUUCCCAUGGAAUCGGGUGGUUGCCGUGGAUCAAUCGCCGAGUGCUUGAUGUCUGGUGAGGAUGAUUUGGAGUUCGCCAUGGACACUGAGAUCAACCGACGCAUUCUAGCGACGAACAAGUAUAUUAGCUAUGGUGCGUUGAGGAGGAACACUGUGCCUUGCUCUAGACGUGGCGCAUCGUAUUAUAAUUGCCGACCUGGAGCUCAGGCUAAUCCUUACUCUCGCGGAUGCAAUCGCAUUACUCGCUGCAGGAAUUGA